AUGGCGGGGGGAGAGGAGAUGAGUUACAAAGCAAGAAGAAAUUUGGAAGCUAUGCGUAGGGCGCGCAGGCCUCCACGAGGGCAGCACGGGCACUGUGACAGAUGCUUCAACCGUCACUGCCACAUGCCUAUGGAGCCUGGUGUCUCCUGCCUGGUGAUAAACUGCCACCUGUCCUGCGGUGCUACCUUCCACAUGUGCAAAGAGGCAGAGCACGAGCUCCUGUGCCCUUUGGAGCAGGUUCCGUGCCUCAACUCCGAAUAUGGCUGCCCCCUUUCCAUUUCCCGUCACAAGCUGGCCAAGCACCUGCAAGUGUGCCCCGCCAGCGUGGUCUGCUGCUCCAUGGAGUGGAACCGCUGGCCAAACUUGGACUCUGAAACAGCCCUUCACGAGAACAUCAUGAAAGAGACCCCCAAUGAGGAGUGCUUGGACACAGCCCUGGCCCUCCAAGACCAGAAGGUCCUCUUUAGAUCUCUGAAAAUGGUAGAACUUUUCCCAGAAACUAGAGAACCCAUGGAAGAGGAACCUACCAUGAAUGGUGAAGCCAGUUGGAAGGAAAUGGAAGGAGCGGUGGGUGGGGCAGAUGCUGGUUUGGUAACAACCACCAACGGAGAGGUGGCAGAGCUGAGUCAAGAAGAACGAGAGGUAUUAGCCAAAACCAGAGAAGGGAUGGACCUAGCCAAGUUUGACAAGUGGGAAAAUAUGUUCAGCAAAGAGCAUGCGGCCUCUGCUUUAACGAGCUCAUCAGUGAGCAGUGAGAGCAAGAGCAGGGAUGGCCCAGAGAAAGAACAGAUUUCCAGCAGCAACAACAUGGUAGAAAAGAGCGCUGCCAAAGGGAAGGAAACACAGGAAGACCAGAAGCAGCAGGAAUUUCAUGAAGCCAUAGAAAAGUCAGGGCUUGCCCCUUGGCAGGAUGGUGUUCUGGAAAGACUGAAAACAGCUAUGGAUGCAAAGGACUAUAAUAUGUAUCUGGUGCACAAUGGGAGGAUGCUUAUUCACUUUGGUCAGAUGCCUGCUUGUACACCUAAAGAGAGAGACUUUGUUUAUGGCAAACUCGAGGCUCAGGAAGUGAAGACUGUUUACACCUUCAAAGUUCCCAUGAGCUACUGCGGGAAGCGGGCUCACCUCAGAGACACCUCGUUGAGUAGUAGGCCAAGUGAACACAAGGCAGUAGAUACUUUGGAUUUAGGGAUCACUGUGGAGGACCUCCCCAAAUCAGAUCUCAUCAAGACCACCCUGCUGUGUGCUCUGGAAAGAGAACUCAAAGGUCAUGUCAUCUCUGAAUCCAGGAGCAUUGAUGGGGUGUUCAUGGAUUUUGCUACACAGACAUACAGUUUUGAGCCAGAACAAUUUUCCUCCAGGACGGUGCUGGCUGACCUUCUAACCACUGCCAAUCUGAAUGGGCUCCAUAUGGAGCUCCACAGUGAGUGUGUGACCAGGAGACACAACAAGAGCAGUUCUGCCUUUACUUUCACUUGCAACAAAUUCUUCAGGAGGGAUGAAUUUCCCCUACAUUUCAAGAAUGUCCACACAGACAUUCAGUCAUGUCUCAAUGGUUGGUUCCAGCACCGAUGCCCCCUUGCCUACUUGGGAUGUACCUUUAUUCAAAACCAUUUCUGUCCCCCAGGGAAAAAGGCAAAAGUAAUCUACAGUCAGGAGCUCAAGACCUUUGCCAUCAAGCCGGAGGUUGCUUCAGAGCUGAGUGAGGGAGGGAACAACCAUCUCUCAGGCCAUGAGGGAAAAAACCAGAAUUCUCUAACCAGCCUGCCCCUGGAGGUUUUGCAGUACAUUGCUGGGUUCUUAGACAGCAUCAGCCUAUCCCAGCUCUCCCAGGUGUCCGUGCUGAUGAGGAAUAUCUGUGCCACUUUGUUACAAGAGAGAGGGAUGGUCCUCCUGCAAUGGAAGAAGAAGAGGUAUUCCCAUGGAGGCACCUCGUGGAGAGUUCACAGAAAGAUCUGGCAAUUCAGCAGCCUCUUCUCCAAAAUCAAGGGCUGGGAGUUUAAUGAAGUUGCCUCCAUGUCUGAGCACCUGAAGUCCUGUCCUUUCAACGUUGUAGAACACAAGACUGACCCGAUUCUUUUGACCAGCAUGUGUCAGCCCCGUAAGCAGGCCUCAGAGACUUUAGUCACAACCUUUAAAGCCAGACCAAGAGGAAGACACACCUACUAAAGGCUCAGAAGCCACCCUUCUUGGAUUCCCACUCAGGGUUACUGAAAGUUCG